UCUUCACUCCUUGUCAUCUUCGCGCGCGCUUCAUCGAUUUUCAUCUUCCUCACUGCAAAAUCGAAGAAGCAGAAGGAGAGAAAUGCCAGUUUCUUCACCGUCUGCUCCUCGUCUACGGUCUCCGUUCAUUCACCGUCCGAUCAACUUCACCCCUUCUUCUUCUUCUUCGACUUCUCGUUCGUUUUCGGCGAGGAAUCUCCGGUCGCCCGGGACAUCUUAUCCGCGGAUCAGGGCCGUCGACCUCGACCAGAACACGGUAGUCGCGAUUUCUGUCGGCUUGGUGAGCGUCGCUAUCGGAAUCGGAAUACCGGUGUUCUACGAGACGCAAAUCGACAAUGCCGCUAAGCGAGAGAAUACUCAAGCUUGCUUCCCCUGCAAUGGUAGCGGAGCCCAGAAAUGCAGGUUGUGCAUGGGAAGUGGUUCAGUGACUGUAGAGCUCGGUGGAGGCGAGAAGGAAGUCUCCAACUGCAUCAACUGCGACGGCGUCGGUUCCUUAACCUGCACCACUUGUCAAGGCUCCGGGAUUCAACCUCGGUACCUGGACCGCAGGGAGUUCAAAGAUGAUGAUUAAAAACCGAUGACUAUAUGGUAUCUUUGCAUUGGAGAAAGCUGAAAGGUAUGGCUUUUUCCAUCUUCCCACGUUGUUCAUAGUUCUUCAUGUGAUGUUGUACCGUACUGUGAUCCUUUUGUCUCCUUGAAUCACUAUUACAAUGAGCGUACGGUCCAUUUGGUGAAUAGGGUUAAUGGAGUUAAUACUGUUCAAUGAUCA